AUGAUAAUACCGUAUCCCUAUUACCGUAUUAUUACCGUACCUCUUAUUACCGUACCUCUUAUCACUGCACCUCUUAUCACCGAAACUCUUAUCACUGCACCUUUUAUUACUGUACCUCUUAUCACUGCACCUCUUAUCAUCGAAACUCUUAUCACUGCACCUUUUAUCACUGUACCUCUUAUCGCCGUACCUCUUAUCACUGCACCUCUUACCACUGUACCUCUUAUCACCUUACGUCUUAUCACUGCACCUCUUAUCACUGUACCUCUUAUCACCGCACCGUUAUAG